GAGAACGAUGGCGUCUUAUGUGUUAGCAAGAGCGUAUGGGCGAUUAAACAUGUUUCUAUAUGAAGUAAUAAGCUAUUCGUAAUGCUAAUGAAAAAUAACUAGACAAGAACCACACAAUAGAAUAGGAGAACAAUAGCCACGCUCAUCCGUCAGUUCAGUUUUCUGUUUCAUUUACCGUUUCAGUGAGAAUUGCAACGAACCCGCAGUAGACACUAAUGCUAUAUCAAGAGGGUGUUUUGCGAUGCGUUUUUAAAAUCAUGUGUAAUUUGUAAUGCAAUUAAGACCCGGGGCAUGCUGUUACACGCGUAAACUGAAACAGAGCAUAGACAACAUUUAAUGAAACAAAAAUCGCCGGACUAGAAAUAUAUUGUUAUCUAGCCAUUUUGACAAUCGAUACAUCUGCCCAACCUAGUAACCUAGCUGGAAGGAGUAGCUAGCUUGCUUUGCUAGCUAUUCUUGUAUCAACAUGGAACGCAUGUGAACGUGCCACACGCGAACCCAGAAACGGCAAGAAAAGGCUGCAGGAGAAGGAAACAAGGAAGCGAUCCGUGAAUAUAGCUAGAUCUAUCAAAGCUAAGUGUUAGCAAAUAUUAUUUCUAAUGCGCGACCAAGGAGUAUGCGACUCGUCAGUAAGAGUUGACUGCAGAGGGGAUGUCGGGCAGUAAGGCUUUGGGCGGAGGGGCUCGGCGCCGGCGCACUCGAUGCCGCCGUUGCCAGGCCUGCCAGCGCACAGAGUGCGGCGAGUGCCACUUCUGCAAGGACAUGAAGAAGUUCGGCGGCCCCGGCAGGAUGAAGCAGUCCUGCCUGCUGCGGCAAUGCACGGCGCCUGUGCUGCCCCACACGGCGGUGUGUUUUGCCUGCGGUGAGGCGGGGAAGGAGGACACCGUGGACUCGGAGGAGGAGAAGUUCAGCCUGUCCCUGAUGGAGUGUACCAUCUGCAACGAGAUCAUACACCCCAGCUGCCUCAAGAUGGGAAAGGCAGAGGGCAUCAUAAACGACGAGAUUCCAAAUUGUUGGGAAUGCCCCAAGUGCCACAAGGAGGGCAAGACCAGUAAGGAUGGGGGCGACGGUUUGGGCAAGCGACGGACGGACAACGGGGAGGUGGGGCGCUGGAAGCUGACGGACGACCCGCCGCCCAGCAAGAAGAAGCCCCCCUCCCUAGAGGACGGCCCCCGCCAGGACGGACACAAGCGCAAGAAGGAGAAAGAACUCCCUCAGGAGAGCGGGCCCAAGAAGAAGAUGAAAGGUGCCCGAGAAAAGCACCUAAAAAAGAAGCAGAAGCCCAACGCCGACGCGUCCGAGACCAACGGGCCCAACUCCUCGUCCGGCGGCGGUGGCGGUCAGGGCUCGGGCGGCGGCUCCAACUCGGGCGCGGCGUCGUCGGGCGGGGCGUCGUCGGCGAGCCAGGACCAGCGCUCCCACCAGCGCGAGAAGCUGGAGCGCUUCAAGCGCAUGUGCCAGAUGCUGGAGCGGGCGCGCGAAUCCUCCUCCUCCUCCUCGUCCAGCUCCGAGUCCGACUCCGAGUCCGACUCGGACUCUCAGUCGGGCGGCGGCGGCGGCUCGGACCCGCCCUCGCCGCCGCCGGUCGCCUACGGCAACAGCAGCGGCAGCUCCAGCGCGGCGCGAGACCGCGAGAGGGAGCGCGAGCGCAACCGGCGGCUGGCCGAGCUGGGCUUCAGCGCCAGCGAGGACUCGGAGGCCGACGCGCCCGAGGACGAGAAGGACGAGCGGCCCGAGGAGACGGCCGGCGGCACGGACAAACCCACGGGCGGGGCGGGCGCACGCCGGCGAGGAGGGGCCGGGGGGGACUCGGCGGCGCCCCAGCGCGGAGGUCGUAAGGUCAAGGACGAGCCCCAGGACGAGCAGGACGGGCCCGAGAGGGGACGCAAGGGCACGCCGCUGCCCCCGCCCUCGCCGCUCUCCUCCAGCCAAUCACAGCCCUCCUCCGGCCACGGCGGGCCCUCGCCCAGCCAAGACGGCUUCUCCUCCUCGUCCGCCAAGCGCAGCAACGGGCAGGAGGCGCGGAACGGGCGCACGCGGGCGGGAGGCGGGCGCGAGGCCCAGGAGAAGGAGAACGCCAACAACAGCACCGGCGGCGGCACCGGGGGCCUGGCCAACCACCGGCACGCGGGCGGCAAGAGCGGCCGCAGCGGCGGCAACAAGAUCCGCAGCGCCAACCGGCAGAACCAGCAGGGCGGCGCCGGCGGGUCGUCGGGGCGAGGCGGAGCGGGCGGCGCCAUCUCGGCCACCACCACGGCCAACGGGGGCGGCGGCGGAGGCGGAGGAGGGGCGCUGUUGCUGGGCAACCCGGCGGGCGGGCUAGCCGCGUCUCCGCGCUCGCAGACGGCCUCGCGGCUCGGGCACCAGCAGCCGCGCUCGCAGCUGGUGAAGCGGAGCCCGCCGGCCGUGCCCUCGCCGCCGCGGCCCGUGCAGAUGGAGCGGCACCUGGUGCGCCCGCCGCCCGCCUGCCCCGAGCCCCGCUGCCUGCCCCUGGACGGGGGCGCCUCGCACGUGCUGCCCCGCGACGUCUGGCUGCGCGUCUUCCAGCACCUCAGCCAGCGCGAGCUCUGCGUCUGCAUGCGCGUCUGCCGCACCUGGAGCAGAUGGUGUUGUGAUAAGAGGCUGUGGACGCAUAUUGACCUGAGCCGGCAGCGCUCCAUCACCCCCCCAAUGCUGAGUGGUAUAAUCCGGCGGCAGCCUGUCUCACUGAACCUGGGCUAUACCAACAUCUCCAAGAAGCAGCUCAUGUGGCUCAUCAACCGCUUGGAAGGUCUGCUGGAGCUGGACGUGUCGGGGUGCCCGUGGGCGUCGGUGUCGGCGCUGUGCCAGGCCGUGUGCCCGUGUCUGCGCCUGCUGGACCUCAGCCGCGUCGAGGACCUCAAGGACUCCAACCUGCGCGAGCUGCUGGCGCCGCCCAACGCAGACACACGCUCAGCUCACGGUGAGAACCGCGGCGGGCGCUUCCAGAACGUGACGGAGUUGCGCCUGGCGGGGCUGGACGUGACGGACGGCACGGCGCGGCUCCUGGUGCGCUACCUGCCCCACCUGACCAAGCUGGACCUGAGUCAGUGUGGGAACAUCACAGACCAGACCGUCCACACACUCACAUCGCCCAUCUCCCCGCUGCGGGAGAGCCUCACGCACGUCAACCUGGCAGGCUGUGUAAAGGUGACUGAGCAGUGUUUGCCGCUGCUGCGCCGCUGUGCCUCUCUGCAGAGUGUGGACUUGCGCUCCUGCAGCCUGCUGGCCCCCGACACCUGCCAGCUGCUGUCCUUCCCCCCGCCCCCCCACCCCCCCCACGACCACACAACGCUGCUUAAGAACAGCUAAGGAACCGCCCCCCCCCACGACCACAUAACGCUGCUCAAGAACAGCUAAGGAACCGCCCCCCCCUCGCAACCCCCCCCACGACCACACAAUGCUGCUUAAGAACAGCUAAGGAACCGCCCCCCCUCGCAACCCCCCCCACGACCACACAACGCUGCUCAAGAACAGCUAAGGAACCGCCAUCGCCACCACUCAACCCUCCGCACACCCCCCCACACCCCGACUACACAGUGCUGCUCGAAAAUAGCUAAGGAAGCCGUCUGACCCUCCGCAGCCGCUACCCCCCAUCUCCACCGCCACACUCCACCCCAACGCUGAAUGCUGCUCAGCAAGAACUGAGGAACCCUUCCUACUUCCCGAGCCUCCACCCCCACCCCCCCCGGAUCCCCACCACAUCCCACCCCCCGCCUGAACUCCACACAAAACAACACAAAACAAAACAAAACAACACAACACAAGACAGCGUGAGCCGAACCCACUCUACCCCACCUGACCCCAGCGGCGCCGCCCACCCCACACUACAGCUCUGAGCUCUGAGCUCUUUGAGAGUUGAGAGAGGGAGGAGCCGGACCAGAGGAGAGGAAGACAGAAGACGUAACCGUGGACAACCAUUACGAGCCCACCGAGAGCCACCCUCCCCCCUCCCCUGCCCUCCCUUGCUGCAUAUAUCUCAACAGACUCGUAACAAAGGCUGAAAGACAAACAAACAAACAAACAUACAUACAGUCGGGAGGCUGACUAAAUUUAGCAUGUACAUAUUCGGUAUCUGUACAAUGAGUGUGUGUGUGUGUGGGUGCGUGUGUGUGUGUGUGUGUGUGUGUGGGUGCGUGCGUGCGCGUGUGUGUGUGUGUAUAUAAAUGUAGUUAACUGUAAAUUAUCCAUGGUCUGCUCCCUUUUCCGACUUCAUCCCACUCCACACCUUCAGUUUGGUCAUUCACACACACACACACACACACACACACCCUCACACUCACUCCCCAUCCAUCCCUCCAUCCACCCCCCCCCCCCCCACUGCACUUCAAGGCCUCCCCUCUCUGGUAUCCCAGCAGCGUACUGUCUGUGAAACCCCCCCCGCCCGCCCGCCCUCACCCCCACAUGCAAGACUACAACGAAUGUACCGCAGCCUCCACUCCCAGUCAGCCACACAUGUUAGCGUGUGUGUGUGUGUGUGUGUGUCUGUGUCCUCUGUGUGUGUGUGUGUGUGUGUGUGUGUGAGUGUGUGUGUGUGUGAGAGUGGAAGGUGUUCUAACCCAGUGUUGCUGUGACCGUGAAGAGGUUGGGGAGAUCUCCUCGUGACGUUCUCGUCUGUCUUAUCUCACAAUCAGCUCAGGAGGACACUGGAGGGAGGGGGAGGGGGAGGGGGGGUCGUAGAAUAGUGGAGAACAGCUGCAGAUCUAGAACUUGAGAACCUCCCCCCUAGUCUAGAACCCUCCAGCUGUCUGGCGUGCCAUCCCUGGUUCUGUUACCCCCCUCAUGUGUUCAUCUGGCCCUCAGGAGCCUCCGCCCCUCUCCACCCCUGCCCCCCCCCCCCACCUCCUACCCAGCGUGUGUGUGUCUCUCUCUCUCCUCUCUCUCUCUCACUUCUCUCUCUCUCUCUGUUAUUUUAUUUCACUUUUUAUCGACUCCUUUGUCUUUAAAGCCCCCUACCCUCCCUUCACACUCACAUUUGCACACACACUCCGUCAUAUACACACACACACACACCCUGUUUGCACUGAUGACGUUUACACACUCCAUGUGGGACUGGUUGUUGGUGGUGACCCCACAGCACCCUUCUCUGCGCCCGGCCAAAGCAUCAAGUCCCCCUGUGGGUCCUGCUCCCAGAGGGAGAGGUACAGUAGAGGCAUCAGGUCCGCUCUUGUGAGGGAGAGCCCAGGUCCUUCCCCUGUUCUCCUCCAGGCUGCCUAGCACUCCAGACCAGUCGCACUCUAGAUUAGAACUCCCCCUGUUCUAGAUUAGGGUCCUUCCCCUGUUCCACUCCAGACCUGCCACAUUCUAGAUUAGAACUGCUUCAGAUCAAGUCUCUCAAAACAGAAUCAUGUUGCUAGAGUAACUGUGCAAAUGCCACUUUUGCCAUAUGAUACUAUAUUAUAUCAUGGAAAUCCAGUGGGUUUACUUCACCUCCCCGGCAGUAGUGGCCCUCUCUCAUUGUGAGACCAGUUCAGUAUUAAACGCAGAAUGGUAUAUUAAGGAGCUCAAACGAGGGGGUGGUCACCUGCCGGGAUAAUGACCUUGGAUGGCCAAUCAGUGGAUGUCAUGCAUCUCCCGACCCAAUCACAUCUAUUUAAAUGUCCCAUGCUGCGUGGUGUGGUGUAACUCCACUCCACUUCUACCCAGUGUUGGGCCAGUUCAGGCCCAGAGGCGCUGGCAGAUAUCAGUGCCCUCCAGCCUGUUGACCCUGAGCAGUAUUUCUCCCUGUGUGACUGCACUUGUGCUGAUGGGCCUUUGUUUGGUUCGGUUCGGUUCUGUUUGGCCAGUAUGUCGGGUCAGCCUGAGCCGGUGGGUGUUGUCUGCUGUGUGUGAGAUGGACCGGUUGUGGUUGGCUUCUGUUCUAGUUUCGGUUGUUUUUGUUUAGUUUAGUUCUUGUCUCGUCUGUAAGAUGAUGAUGAUCUCUGCCUUCUGAGCCUCCCUACCCCAGAGCAGGCUGCUCCAGCGUGAGCUCACGGAACCACAUGACACCAGUCACUGUUGUCAUGGAGCUUUUGUGAUGAAUUACAGUUCCAGAAUCGGGACUGCCCAGGGCCCUGUCUGGGGCGGAACGUGUUGACCUCUCAGUCAGUGUGGACCGAUCCACAACAAGGGCGAGGGUCAGGUCCUCCCAGCCCAGUAGCCCACAGCCUAGUUGUUGGACAGACCAAGCAUCAGGUGGUUCAGUUCUAUCUCUCCUGCUGGAAUGCUUGAUCGGUCCGCUCUCAACCAGGAACCAGUCCCUCCUCCCUCUAGCUUCUGCAGGGGACUAGCCGUCUCCAUGACAACCAAAAGAUGCACGUGUACACAAGGCCUCGUACACGACGGCCAUUUCAUGUGAAAUCUUUGCCACAAUUUUCACCAAAAGCCUAAUUUUGUAGUUUUUUUUGUUGUUGUUGCAUUGUAUUUUUAAAUGUAAUUUAUUGCGUGUCCAACUUGUAACUAACUGUCAUGUUGACAAAUUGAUGUUUAACGCGCGGAGUAGAUCACCGCAGUGAAGAACAGUCUUCACGUGAGAAUUUAGACAGAGCCAAGUCAAAACCUUUAUUUUCCAAGUGCUCCACUUGUGGAAGAGGAAGAAUUUUAAAAGAAAAAGGAAUUGCUCCUCAGCUUGUAUCAUUCCUCUGUAAAACCAUUUCAAUCAAAACCAAUUUGCCUGAAUUUGAACAGCGAAAUCAUGCAUUACUUCUUGUAAUGGCUGUAAUCUGUGUGUGUGUGUGUGUGUGUGUGUGUGUGUGUGUGUGUGUGUGUGUGUGUGUGUGUGUGUGUGUGUGUGUGUGUGUGUGUGUGUGUGUGUGUGUGUGUGUGUGUGUGUGUGUGUGUGUGUGUGUGUGUGUGUGUGUGUGUGUGUAUGUGUGUGGUCAUUGGCAGUCAUGUUCCUAACUGCUGGUGUGGGGCCUUGUUUUAUCGUUCCUUUCUGUGAACCCGCAAAGGAACGAUGGAGAACCAUGUUGCUCAUUCUAAAGCAUCCUACAGACCAUGGGAUCUCCCGAAUCCUGGCAUAUCAGGUGUGUGGAGUGCCACAGCUAUCUUAAUAAGGCACAGAGAAUCCUGCAUUGGACUUGUGAGGCAUUUUAUGCAUUGAACUCAAAUGACUUUCUAAGCCACUGACCUGUUCAGCAGCGUCAAAUGAUUCAUGAGGAAUCGAGCCGAACACCCGAUCACUCCCGAUCCCUUCGCCCCCGAUCCCUCAUUUUGUAGUUGACCCUGUUCUCCCCUCUUCGAUUAUAUAAUAUCGUCUGAACCAAACCAUGUUGUACCCAAAAGAAGGCACUGGAUCAGAUAGACCAUCAUCAUCGUCACCACCACCACCACCACCAUCAUCACCAUCCUAAUCAUUUCUUGCCAAAAUUCCUGUUUUUUUUUUUUUUUUGAAUGUUCAGGGGCAUUUUUUUAUCCAUUUGUUUCUUUUCUGUUUUUUUAUUUUAUUUUGGACUUCUGUUUGUGGAUUCUUCCAUUGUAUUGAUCAAAAGAAAGAGGACGAGAAGCAGAACAAUGAGAACCAGAGACAGAAAAAGAGAAAAAAAGAAAAACUCAAGGCAGCUACUUCAGAGUGACUACUGUAAAAUGAUUACUGAAAUAAAGAGACUGGGGUUUUGUUUUUA